AUGUACUCACACCCACCAUUCAAUGUGGAGAAUAUCUCGAAGUGUCUAAUGACCGUUUCCUGGGCCUACGAACAAUAUAUAUGCUUACCAGACACCUUUCAGAACCAAGGAAAAUCCUAGAACGUGUAGCAGACUACAUAUUCUGGGAUGGAGAGGCAUGCAAUUUGGAGACCAACUUGAUCGUGCUUCACGCAGAAAAGGCUGUUGAUAAAUAUCAGUAUUUUUAUCAGUCCUUGCAGCUGCGUGUAAGCCCAAAAGCUCCGUAAAUGUUAGAAUUCACAAUCUACUGACGGGACAUUGAC